GCAGCAGCUGUGCCGCUGUCAGUUCUGGAAUGUAAGCGCUGCCGUCAGGAGUCCGAUUCUCCAACCGCUAAGCGCCGAGACGGAGCAGCGCUCACUCCGACACACAGAUGGAUGCUAAGCAGAGCAAAACCAAAGAAACCUAAAGGACACGAGUGAAAGGAAAUACAAUGCCUGUUCUGCCAAGGCUACCUUCCAGCUUAUUUCCAUAAUUCACAAGUCAUUCUGGACAUUUCCCUGCCGAUUGGAUACCAUGAUAGGCAAUCAAGCUCUGCUCCUGUUGAUGCUCUAUUUCCUGUGGCCCAGUACUGCACUGCCUUUCAUUACUGGGAAUAUUGGGAAUCUGUUUGGGAUGCCAGAGAGUGAUGGGAAGGUUCUUCAGCGUUCCAAACGGGGAUGGAUGUGGAAUCAAUUCUUUCUGCUCGAAGAGUACACGGGAAAUGACCAUCAAUACGUUGGCAAGCUGCACUCUAAUGCGGACAAAGGCGACGGCACCGUGAAGUACGUCCUGACCGGAGACGGGGCCGGCACCCUGUUUCUGAUCGACGAGAAAUCCGGAGACAUCCACGCCACCAAGCGGCUGGACCGGGAAGAGAAAGCCAUGUACACGCUUCACGCCAAGGUCGUGGACAGAAACACGAACACAGAACUCGAACCCGACACCGAGUUCAACAUAAAAAUCCACGACAUCAACGACAACGCGCCCAGAUUUGAAAAGGAGGUGUACUACGCCAGCGUCCCGGAAAUGUCUGAAGUUGGUACGUCUGUGGUCACAGUGACUGCCACUGACGCCGAUGAUCAAACGUACGGAAACAGCGCCAAGUUGGUGUAUAGCAUCCUGCAGGGGCAGCCGUAUUUCUCUGUGGACUCAGAAAACGGAACCAUAAAGACGGCUCUACCUGGCAUGGACAGAGAGGUGAAGGAGCACUACCAGGUUGUAAUUCAGGCCAAAGACAUGGCUGGACAGAUGGGUGGACUUUCAGGGACCACGACAGUCAGCAUCACCCUCUCCGAUGUAAACGACAGUCCGCCACGCUUCGCCAACCAUUCCUUCCGAGUGACUACGGUGGAGUCUACGGAGAUAGGUGGCGCCAUCGGACGCAUCAAGGCCGACGAUCCCGAUGUGGGCCACAACGCCGAGAUGGAGUACAGCAUCGUUGGCGGUCACGACACAUUCAACAUCAUCACUGACCAAGCGACGCAGGAAGGAGUCAUCAUCAUUAAAAAGGCGCUGGAUUAUGAAAGUAAGAGGGACUAUGAGUUCAGAGUGGAGGUGAAAAACACCUACUUAGACGCCAGGUUCAUCCACGGCGUGCAGUUCAAAGACUACGCCACGGUCAAGGUGACGGUGGAGGAUGUGGACGAGCCGCCCGUCUUCACCCGCAACCCUUACAUCAUCGAAGUUCACGAGGACACGGCCGCCGGCAGCUUCGUCGGCGUUGUGCUGGCCAGAGAUCCCGACGCAGACAACAAGCCAGUGAAAUAUUCCAUUGACCGACACACGGAUCUGGAAAGGCUGUUUAACAUAGAGUCUGUGAACGGCACCAUCACAACACUGAAAUCCCUCGACAGAGAAAUGUCCAAAUGGCACAACAUCUCUGUGGUGGCCACCGAAAUAAGUAACUUCCUCCCUCAGUUCCUUAAACAUCUCUCUUCAGUCCUGAAAUAUGUGACAACAUUUCAUUUUCGUGUUUCAGACAACCCUCGGCAGACGACUCGAGUGCCCGUGUUCAUCAAGGUGUUGGACGUCAACGACAACGCCCCAGAGUUCGCCAUGUCCUACGACACCUUCGUCUGUGAAAAUGUCAAGGCAGGACAGCUGAUUCAGACAAUAAGCGCUGUUGACACAGAUGAACCGCUUGUCGGGCACAAAUUUGUCUUCAGCAUAAGCGCCACCAACCCAAACUUCACCAUCGUUGACAAGGACGACAACACUGCCAACAUCCUGACGAGGAGGGGCGGGUUCAGCCGGCGUGAGAUGAGCAUGUACUUCCUCCCCGUCGUGAUCUCAGACAACGACUACCCCAUCCAGAGCAGCACCAGCACGCUGGUGGUCCGCGUGUGCGCCUGCGACAGCCGCGGCAACAUGCAGUCCUGCAGCCCGGAGGUGCUGCCCUUCUCUGAUGGCCUCACCACCGGAGCGCUGGUGGCCAUCCUGCUCUGCGUGAUCAUCCUGCUCAUGAUCGUGGUGCUGUUCGCUGCCCUGAGGAGACAGAGGAAGAAGGAGCCUCUGAUCAUCUCCAAAGAGGAUGUCAGAGACAACGUUGUCAGCUACAACGACGAGGGCGGAGGAGAGGAGGACACUCAGGCCUUUGAUAUCGGCACGCUGCGCAACCCGGAGGUGAUGGAUGCUAACAAGCUUCGCAGGGACAUCAUACCCGAAAUGCUGUUUCCCUUUCGGAGGACAUCACCGAUAAAGGAUAACACGGAUGUGAGAGACUUCAUAAACGGGCGGCUGCAGGAGAACGAUGCCGACCCCACUGCGCCCCCUUACGACUCCCUGGCCACCUACGCUUACGAGGGAACCGGGUCCCUGGCGGAGUCCCUGAGCUCGCUGGAGUCCACCGCCACCGAGGGCGACCACGACUACGAUUACCUCAGCAACUGGGGACCACAGUUCAAAAAGCUGGCGGAGAUGUACAUAGGGAGAAGCCCCGACAGAGAGACCUAAACGAAGCCAUCCGUCUCUCUAUAAUCCAAACUCCUUUUCAAUGUCCUUUUGGCUAACUAGCUAGCCAGACACAUGUUUGUCUAGUUAGUUAACUAGCCUGUCUGUCUUAAUAUCUAUCAAGCUAUCUGUUUGUCUAGUUUGCUAGCUAGCUUGAUAGUCAACUGGUUGUCUGUUUGCUCCACCUACAAAUGUGCGUGAAAAUGCACAAACUCAUGCGCACUAUAUUAAACCCUCAUGUGGAAGAUUACCUGGAAACGGAAAAGCUGUGUUCGAAAUGUUCACUCACAACAAUAAUAAACAAUAAUAUUGUUGUUUUAGACCAUUUUCAAAUAAAUAUAUAUCGUCAGCUUCCUACAAUUCACGUUUGGCCAAAAGUAACGUGGAAACAAUGAAGCUAUGUUCGAAAUGUUCACUCAUUUAACAAGACAAUACAUUGUCAUUUUGAAACCAUUUUCAAAUAAUAUAUGUCGUCAGCUUCCUAAAAGUAAUUUCUGGUCAAAAAUGAUAUGGAAACAGGAAGCUAUGUUUGAAAUGUUUGCUCAUAAAAUUUUUCUGGACGAUAUAUUGCCUCAACAAUAAUAUUGUUGUUCUACAACCACUUUGAAGUAAUAUACACUUCCUAAAAGUCAUUUUUUGUCAAAAGUGACUCUUCUUUUCUUUGCCUAAGACAUCUUUUCGAAAAAAGAAGUUUGUUUUUUUACAAAUCACUUUUGGGCCAUUAUUUUAGCAUAAUAAUUUAAGAUCAGUAACAAUAACAAAAUAGGUGGAAAAGAAUUGUUUUCGUAUCAGUUUCUUUCAAUAAAUGAAACUUUAGCUAAAACUGCAGGUGUGUGUCUGUGUCUGGUAAUUGUUUUGUUUUUCACUCAGUAGAUAGAAAAUCCAAAAAUUUAACUCAAGUAAGAGUAGAAAUACUUAAUAAAAUUACUCAUGUAAAAGUAAAUGUAACUAGUUUCCUUUUACUGGUUUCAAACCAAAACAAAAUCCCAAUAUUUGCAAACGAUUGGACAAUUCGAACACAGACUUGAGACUUGAAGUGAGUUUUCUAUAAGCAGAUCCAAUAUAAAUCUCAGUCUUUUGCUUUUUUUUUUUCUCUUUGUGUCAUAAUCAGUAAAGAUGCCUUUAAAUUUUAGGACUUUUGUCAACAAUGGUGUGAAUAAUGUGUUUUGUAAUCAACAUGAACGAUAGUAGUAUUGUAUACUAUCAAUGUUAAAUGGUGCCGGCUUGGUUUGGGUGGGAAACGGGGGGAAGGAGUCCGACGGCUUUUCCAGCCAACUCCAUUAAAUACUGUAAAUGUACAAAGUGUUUUUAAUGAUGGACAUCGUAUAAACUAUUUGCUAUAUCUGUCUGACGAACAAUGUUCAUGUGAAUGGUUGGUGGAGUUUCUUUUUGUCAAACUGUGAAUUCAUUUCAUCAUGUAGGUGUAAUAUGUAAUGGAAAGUGUAUGUUGUAGGAAACUGUCACACACUGCUUUCAUGCUAUUUGAAUGCUGAGUCAUAUUGUUUUAUAUUUAUAUUUUUAUACUUAUUUUCUUAAUAAAAUGAUCUGAAAAGGGUUAAGCCAUGCUUCUUUUCAGUUUUACAAGAUUUUGUUCUGUAAUAGAAAUGCAACAAUUCUUUCUUGGAAAUAAUCAAAUAUGCUAAAUUUGUGAAAGAAUGAACAGUUUGCUUACUUAAAAUCACUUUGUCCGAUUUAAAGAUAAAUGUGGUUUAAUAGGAUAUUAUAAAUAUAUAAUGUAAUAAAGUACAAAAUUAUCUAAAAAUGAAACUAAAAUCAGAAAAAAGAGUCUAUUAUAUGUUUCUGCUCAAAACGUUUGGUAAUAAACUAUUUAAACUUUUUGUCAAAUGGAUCAAAGUCAAAUCAAAAUUGCAUGCUGGUGUCAAAAAUUAAGUUUUGAAAUUCAAAUUUAACACACAAAUUCAGUUUGUUGCUAGAAAAGUCAACAAUUUGGGAUCAAUAACAAAUACCUUAUAUUAAAAGACCCCUAAACUGCAGGUUUUAUUCAUGAGUUUAGCAAAAACAGCAAUGUAGCAAAACAUCAUUUCUGUUACACUACUUAAAACACUUUCUCUUUCAUUUGGCUCAAACACAAACAAAAUUAAGCUGAUAAAGGUAAUUAUUAAGAGUAAAUAUGCAGGAGAAAAAUUUGGAGACGUUUUAUGCAUUUAAUGUGAUCUGCAGACAUUAGAAGCUGCUUAAAAAUAUUUUUAAAAUCCUCAUGUUGCCCCUGAUAUUGCAACCGUGGAUUAAAAACAAACAUGCAUGGUUUUAAUUAGCCUAAUUUUCUUUUGUAUCUAGAUCUAGAAAAUACCAAUAUCCAGUUCAAAAUUAUGCAGAACCCCUCAAUUUCAGAAUAAAAGACUAAAAAAAACUCUUCCUGAACUUCCAGAGAGUUUUAAAACUCCAAUAUUAAUCUACAAAAGACACAUCCCAAUGAUACUGCAACCACAAAUUGUCAAACUUUUGUUAUUACUCCGAGCCAGAAAGCUAUCAUCAUUAAAAAUAAAGUGUUCUUGCUUUGGAAAGUUGAAUAAGAACUCCAUAAAUCACACUUUAUGGAGUUAAGUGGUGAUUAGGUACACGUGUACAAGACAGUGCCUCCAAUCCAGCAGCCAAGCAAUUAAUCUAAUCCCUGUGAUGUUUUUAUGUUCAGUCAUUGCAGAAAGUAUUAAACUGUUUGUGCAGACGUCUUUGGGAAAAUGACCCUACUUCUUGUUUGA